ACACCAUCAACAUGCGUUUCUCCAUCACUGCUGUUCUGGCCCUGGCCGCUGGUGCCUUCGCUGCCGAUGCCAUCACUGAGACCGUCACUGAGUACACCACCUACUGCCCCGAGGCUACCUCCAUUGUCCACGGCAGCUCUACUCUCCACGUCACCAGCCCUGGCCACGUUACCAUGACCGGUCACUACACUGUCACCCGUCCUCUGAUUACCUCCACCGUGACUGAGUGCAAGAAGUGCUCUUCUUCUACCCCUCUGCCCUCCACCCCCGUCGUCUCCCCCAGCUCCUCCGCUGCCCUGACUUCGACCCCCUACGUCCCCAGCGGCGCCGGUGCCACCGGAACUGCCCCUGCCCCUGGCUCCCCCUCCGCCACUGGCAGCGGCUCUUCCCCCGCCUCCACCACCCAGGCUGCCUUCAACGCCGGUGUCUCCAACGUCGCCGGCGCUGGUGCCGGUCUGGCUGCCGUUUUCGGUGCCGUCGCCCUCCUCCUGUAA